CCGAUAAGUCGCGGUGAUGAGAAUAUGUUCAAAAGUUUUGGUUAGUGACUGGGAUUCCUGCCAGCGUGUGGUAGGCAAACCAAAAGAAGGUCUUUUAACAUUAUAUAAAGAUGAAGACAUUAUUUAUAUCACCAUUUCUUACCUUUCUUCCAAUAUCAGUCGGCGGUACAAGAUAUCAGCAAACAUAGAGAAGUUAUUUACUGGUCAUGUAAAAGACGGAAGUUUAACAAUACGGCUAAAAAACCCAGCUAAAGACAUUAUGCUACAAAAGGCUCAACCGUCGGACUUACGAAGAUUAAUCGAAAUUCUUGAUCUGAUAAAAUCCGACAAAAAGCUACCUAGAGGAAUUUUAAAACGCAGUCCUUUAACCGAGAUUAAAAGUAGUAGUCACCGACGACUUUGUAUUACAAGACGAGAAGAUUAUCCUUUCAGCCAGGGUUUCAGUGCAUCUCUACAGGAGUUAUCCGUGAAAGAGUUGAGAUUGCGUCAGUUCGACACAAGAAUACUUAAAUUAUUUUGUCUGCGUUCCCUCGAUUUAAGUAAAAAUUAUCUGCAAAGCAUACCUCAAGAAAUACAAGAUCUCAAUUUAGUCCAGCUACACUUGAAUAACAAUCACCUCACAAGUUGGCCAUCAAUUCCUGAAAAUUCGGCGCUGGCUAAAUCCUUAGAAUACAUAAAUUUAGCCCACAAUCUGCUGCUUUGGCUACCAGAUGAUUUCUGGUUACUUUCAAAACUUAGGAACGUUGAUCUUUCAACUAACCUAUUGCGUGGUAUACCAACCGCUUAUCUGCACAAGUUGCAGUGUUUGGUUACACUUACUUUGAAUAGUAAUCAACUAGAUUGUUUGCCACUAGUAUUGACUAUUCAUCGAUUAAAUCAAUUGUCAGUACACGGUAAUACUUUUCUGCCUUCCGAUACGGAGGUGAAACCAAGUAGAGUCGCUCCGUCCUUGUUGAACUGCGCAUCCUUAGCUUUUGUCCGUAGUAAUUGGUAUCCAUGUCUCGAGAAGUGUUUACCUUGGACACUGCGUGUUCGUUUGGCUGUAUUUCGGAAAUGUUUAUGCUGCCGUUUGAGCUGCGGUGUGGAACCUUAUCGUGUUUUGGUACCAUACUAUAGUUGGUGGAACAUAUCGUCCGACCGGAUGAACCCACCCAGCGUCUUGACUUAUUUGUGCAGCGAUGAAUGUGUGCGUACAUUUAAUCUUAACAAAUGGAAGUACACUUUAGAUUAAUGGAUACAUUUACUUCCGAAGUGACCUGUGACAUUUUUUAUCGUAAAAAGGACGACUGUUUUUCAUCUAGAUUUCAGUAUCUUUUCCAAUCUGUGCAUCAAUUAUGGCUGUAUGAAAUAAAAGUUGAUCA